AUGCACGCCGAAACGACGACACUCAGUGUAUUAUUCGCCGUACACGCAUGGCAACAAAGUUUUCCGUUUUCAUCGGCCACAUUGUUCCUACAACGCCUGUCUCAACCCCUACAGAUAGAAAGACGGAAACACGGAAGGAUAAAACGUCGGGGAAGCAAAGCAAUGAUUGAUUGUUUUGGUGGUGCGUGA